AUGAUUUUUUUCCCUCUUACUUUUAUUCUCCACGUGUAUUCUAAACAACACUUUCUCUUUCCACUUUCACUUUUCACAUCUUCUUCUCCAAUUCUCGGUUCCAUCAUUUUUAUUUCGAACCAGAUUUUUCUGACGGAACCACCGUGCCGGAACUAUCACGCCGCCGCCGUCGUCUUCUUUUCCGUGAAAAUGAGAGGAAAGAUUGAUAAGGGAGAGAAAGUUUAUGGAGAAUCGGUCCCUCCUCUAUUUGGCUCUUUUAUAAAAGUGAAGGAAGGAUUGUUGUUUUUUGUGGGGUCCACACUCAAAAUACUUUCCUCUCAAUUUUGGAUGGAAAGUUGUAUGCUGCCACUUUUGUGA